UCUGACAGGAAGCUGCUGCUUAGCUCCAAACCCAUUAGCAGUAAUUGGAGGAUUAGAGCCUCAGAUGAUCCGCUGCUAAUCAGAUCAGGAGCGGCUUUAGCAGGACGCCAGGCUGCCGCUCACAUUCACACCUCCGCUCCGCGCUGGUUCCUGCUGUCGGUUCUCCAUCAUGACUCAGAGCCCUGCGGUCCAGUUCCUGAGCUCCUCCUGGGACGGUUUGCAGCUCUGAGUCUCGUGGUUCUGCAGACCUGUUCAGGACAGUCGCUGUGAACUGACGCCAUGCCGUUCCUGUCGCUGAAGUUCAACCUGCAGAAGCGGGUCAAGCUGGCUCAGGGUCUCUGGAUGCUUUACUGGCUCGCCGUCAUUGUGGGCAUCAUCCUCUUCAGCCUCGGCAUCUUCUUCAAGAUCGAGCUGAGGAAGAGGAGCGAGAUCAUGGACAACAACGAGAGCCAUCUGGUGCCCAACCUGCUGAUCCUGGUCGGCAUGCUGUCCUGCGGACUGAACGCCUUCGGGGGGAAGCUGUGCCAUGACUCUCUGGACCCCCAGAAGUUCUCCAAGAUGAAGCCGAUGCUGCGGCCCUACAUGCUGCUGUGCUGCGGCUUCAACGCGCUGCUGCUGCUGCUGGUGCUGCUCUGCUUUCUCAUGCAGUUCGCCGUGUACUUGACGCUGGCCGAGGGCCUGAAGAACGCCAUCCGCUUCUACAAGGACACGGACACGCCAGGACGCUGCUUCAUGAAGCGGACAUUGGACAUGACUCAGAUCGAGUUCCGGUGCUGCGGAAACAACAACUUCAGGGACUGGUUCGAGGUGCAGUGGAUCAGCAACCGCUACCUGGACAUGAGCAACGACGUGGUCAAAGACCGUGUCCUCAGUAACGUGGAGGGGAAGUACCUGAUGGACAGCGUCCCGUUCAGCUGCUGUAAUCCCGGUUCGCCCCGCCCCUGCAUCCAGCAUCACCUGACCAAUAACUCCGCCCACUACGACUACGACCACCGAACCGAGGAGCUGAACAUCUGGAACCGCGGCUGCCGCCAGGCCGUUUUCUCCUACUACAGCGGCAUCAUGAACAGCAUCGGAGCGCUGCUCAUCUUCACCAUGGUCCUGGAGGCGGGGGACGUGGCGGGCCUAAAGUACCUGAGCACAGCCCUGGAGACGAUGGCCGACCCGGAGAACCCGGAGUGUGAGAGCGAGGGCUGGCUGCUGGAGAAAGGCUUCAAGGAGACGCUGGCCGACCUUCUGUCCAAGGUCAAGACCUUCGGCCGCGCCAACCAGGUGGAGGAAGGCGGAACCUCACCCAACGUCACUGCCACCUGAAGCCCCGCCCACUGGCAACCUGAGGUCUCCCAUCCCCUUCCCCCACCGCAGCCAUCUGCUCCCCCUAGAGCCGGGGUGCCGAGAGAGGAGGCGCUGCUUCCCGGACUGACGGACUCUACUGAGCAUGUGCAGAAAACACACACACACAGAACACACACCCUGCCCUGUGUGUGUUUCCUUCCAGACUG